GAUUAGCGUAAUCUCGCCACUGUAUCUAAGCAACUAAAGUGGACCAUAUCUUUCUUUUGUAGUGCUUGGUCAGCCUCAGCCUUUGAUCAUUUCUCCAACCAAAAACAUCUUUCAACAUCCUCCAUCGAAACAUCGCGAUACCCUCUGGAGUCGAUAAACCAUUGAGGAUUGUUGAAACAGGCGGAUUGUGCGCGAUCAGGGAGUUACGCGCGCCCUUCUCGCCUCUUUCACAACUUGAACGUCUUCGACGACCACGGACGCUGCGGUAUUGUGUGGUCCCACACUUUUCGCGAAUGUCCUAAAUCGAUUUUUAGCGAUAAUCAAACAUCUCGCUACCCCUCCUUCUGUUACUCCCAGCUCUCUAUUUCACUCUUUUUUCAACGACGCAUUUCUUCCACGAUCACGAUUCACCGCGUCUAAACGUUUCGUUCAUUCGACAUUUCUUUAAGCCUCGAUCGCAAUUAUCUAGAAGCUCCGAUAAAAAUAAUUCUACUACAUAAUGGCUGAUUACGACGAGGCCUACGAGUACGAGGAGGAGUACAGCGAUGACAACACCAUCACACCCGAAGAUUGCUGGACCGUCAUCGGUUCCUAUUUCAAGAAGAAGGGUCUUGUUUCGCAACAAAUUGACUCUUUCAAUGACUUCCAAGAGACGACAAUCCAAGAGUUAAUCGAGGAAUACUCCCAAAUAAGCGUCGAUGAGCCGAACCCGCCUUCCGGCGACGGCCGAACCGUAGCACUCCGUCGAUACGACCUCAAACUUGGUCAUGUUACCAUCGCCCGCCCCGUCGCGAUGGAGAGCGACAACACCUCCGGUCCUCUCCUUCCUUACGAAUGUCGCGAUCGAAACAUGACGUAUGCCGCGCCAAUCUACGUCAAAGUCGAUAGCAAGGUUACCGCAUGUAUCGAACAAGACAUCCCUCUCCACGAGAUGGAUGACGAGCAACAAGCCGAAGCCCGCAGCACCGGAAAGCACCCGACGCGUCUAGUUUGGGAAACCGAAGAAAAUGUUUUAGAUCAAGGCGACAAGAGAUCGGGAGAUCAAAUUUUCAUCGGCAAACUACCAAUCAUGGUUAAAUCCAAGGCGUGUCACUUGAGUGGCGAAAGUGAUGACGAACUUUUCCUAUUGAACGAGUGCCCCUACGACCAAGGUGGAUAUUUUAUCAUCAACGGUAGUGAGAAGGUUCUUAUCGCUCAAGAACGAUCCGCGGCGAACAUUGUCCAAGUCUUCAAGAAAGCCCAACCGAGUCCCUUUUCAUACACCGCCGAAAUUCGCAGUGCUCUUGAGAAGGGUUCUCGACUUAUAUCUUCUCUCACGCUCAAGCUGUUUACCAAAGGCGAUGCUUCGAGAGGUGGAUAUGGCGAGACUAUCCACACAUCUUUACCAUUCGUUCGGGCCGAUCUGCCAAUUGCCAUCGUCUUCAGAGCUCUUGGAGUUGUGAGUGACGAGGAAAUUUUGAAUCAUAUCUGCUACGAUCGUAACGACAGUCAGAUGCUGGAGAAACUACGCCCUUGUAUUGAGGAGGCGUUCUGUAUUCAAGAUCGAGAAGUGGCUUUAGAUUAUAUCGGAAAGCGUGGGCGAGAAUCUCAUAACGUGGCAAGAGACCGUCGUGUGAGGGCGGCAAAGGAUAUCUUACAAAAAGAGAUGCUUCCCCACAUAUCCCAAGGCGAAGGAUGUGAAACCCGAAAGGCCUUCUUUUUGGGUUACAUGGUCCACAAGCUUCUACAAUGCGCUCUAGGCCGCCGCGACACAGAUGAUCGCGACCACUUCGGAAAGAAACGUCUCGAUCUUGCUGGACCUCUUCUGGCCAAAUUGUUCCGAAAUAUUGUUCGUCGUUUGACCCAGGAGAUCACGAAUACACUCAAACGCUGUAUUAGCGACAACAAACGUUUCCAGGUCGAAUUGGCAGCCAAGCCUGCUAUCGUCACAAAUGGUCUCAAGUAUUCCCUCGCGACGGGUAACUGGGGUGACCAGAAGAAGGCCAUGAGCUCAACGGCUGGUGUGUCGCAGGUCUUGAACAGAUAUACAUUCGCAUCAACUCUUUCCCACUUGAGGCGAACGAACACGCCUAUCGGACGAGACGGAAAAUUAGCUAAGCCCCGACAACUUCACAACACUCAUUGGGGUCUUGUCUGCCCGGCCGAAACGCCCGAAGGCCAAGCUUGUGGGUUGGUCAAGAAUUUAUCGUUGAUGUGUUCUAUCAGUGUGGGUACCUCCACAGAACCCAUCAUUGACUAUAUGAUCACGAGAAGUAUGGAAGUGCUCGAGGAAUAUGAGCCCAUGCGCUACCCCAAUGCCACGAAGAUCUUCCUCAAUGGUUCUUGGAUUGGUGUACACCAAGAUCCUAAGUCGCUUGUCAGAGAUGUCCAACAGCUUCGCCGAGCCAACCAAAUUCCCUCGGAAGUUUCAUUGGUUCGUGACAUUCGUGAUCGUGAGUUCAAGAUAUUCUCAGAUGCAGGCCGUGUCAUGCGUCCCUUGUUCGUUGUUCAACAAGAAGACGCCCCUGAAGCUGGCAUCGAGAAAGGUACACUGGCUUUGAACAAGGAAAUGAUCCAACGACUAGAGGCGGACGUCGAUCUCGAUCCGGAAAGCGAAGAGUAUUUUGGUUGGCAAGGUCUAGUCAAUGAGGGUGUUAUUGAGUAUCUUGAUGCCGAGGAAGAAGAGACGGCCAUGAUUUGCAUGACUCCCGAAGACCUAGAAAACUACCGAAUGACGAAGCUCGGCCACGAAGCACCACAGGACAACGGCGAUGAAGUUAACAAACGACUCAAGACCAAGGUGAAUCCUUCGACACACAUGUAUACGCACUGUGAGAUCCAUCCUAGCAUGCUUCUAGGUAUCUGCGCCAGCAUCAUUCCUUUCCCGGAUCACAAUCAGUCACCACGAAACACAUACCAAUCUGCCAUGGGUAAACAAGCUAUGGGUUUCUUCUUAACCAACUACAACCGUCGAAUGGAUACUAUGGCGAAUAUUUUGUACUACCCGCAGAAGCCACUUGGUACCACGCGUUCCAUGGAGUUCUUGAAGUUCCGAGAACUUCCAGCUGGACAGAACGCUAUCGUUGCCAUCGCUUGUUAUUCAGGAUACAACCAGGAAGAUUCUGUCAUCAUGAAUCAAAGCAGUAUAGAUCGAGGUCUCUUCCGAAGUCUCUUCUUCCGAUCAUAUAACGACUGCGAAAAGAAGGUUGGAAUCAACACGGUAGAGAAAUUUGAGAAACCGUUCCGAUCCGAUACGUUACGACUCAAGCAAGGUACGUACGACAAGCUCGAUGACGACGGAAUUAUCGCCCCUGGUAUACGUGUUUUGGGUGAGGAUAUCAUUAUCGGAAAGACGUCUCCCAUCAACCCGGAUAACGAAGAGAUGGGUCAACGUACAAAAAUUCACGUCAAGCGCGAUGCGUCAACACCUCUUCGCAGUACAGAAACCGGUAUUGUCGAUUCUGUGAUUGUCACCACGAAUCAGGACGGUCUACGCUACGUCAAAGUACGAGUUCGAACGACGAAGAUCCCUCAAAUUGGAGACAAGUUCGCUUCCCGCCACGGUCAAAAGGGAACUAUUGGUGUGACAUACCGUCAAGAGGAUAUGCCAUUCACUCGUGAGGGUAUCGUCCCCGAUAUCAUUAUCAACCCUCACGCUAUCCCGUCGCGAAUGACAAUCGCUCACUUGAUCGAGUGUCUUCUCAGCAAAGUAUCAACUCUCAAGGGAAUGGAGGGAGAUGCUACGCCGUUUACCGAUGUAACCGUAGAUUCGGUAUCAAGUCUUCUGCGUGAGCACGGUUAUCAAUCUCGAGGCUUCGAGAUUAUGUACCACGGUCACACCGGACGCAAGCUUCGAGCGCAGGUGUUCUUCGGACCUACCUACUACCAGCGUCUCAGACACAUGGUAGACGACAAGAUCCACGCUCGAGCUCGUGGCCCAGUACAAAUCAUGACGCGCCAACCCGUUGAGGGUCGUGCUAGAGACGGUGGUCUUCGUUUCGGAGAAAUGGAACGUGACUGUAUGAUAGCUCACGGUGCCGCCGCCUUCCUCAAGGAACGUCUCUUCGAAGUUUCGGAUGCCUUCCGCGUCCACGUUUGUGAGAUAUGUGGUCUUAUGACUCCUAUCGCUAUCUUGAACAAGGGUUCGUUCGAGUGUCGCCCAUGCAAGAACAAGACCAAGAUCGCCCAGAUCCACAUCCCGUACGCUGCGAAGCUUCUCUUCCAAGAGCUUCAAGCCAUGAACAUUGCUACGCGCUUGUUCACCGAGCGUUCUGGUGUAAGCGUCCGUUAAGGACCAUAUUGGUGAAGAUUUGCACGCCGGGAGAUUGUGUUAGGCAUGACGAGGGUGCUUUUCAGAGGCGGUAUACCCAUGACAUUUUGUCUAAUCCGCUAGUUAUAUUAGAUGCAUGAGGUUGGCGUUUUAUUUCUCGAGCCAGAAUUGGUGAAAAACGGUAGUUUUACUAUUGCACAUCGUGGGCGUUCAAGGUUGUGGACCUUCAAGUGUUUCUAAAAAGGAACUCGGAAUUAAAAUUAGGUAGUCCACAUUACUCUCAAAGAGUUUGCUAUAAACAAAUGUACCAAUGUUGCGGCUGGAUUCAGGUGUGAACUACAACUCCGCCAUUGGACUGCAAUGUUGAUGCAAUAAUUGAUAAUG